CACCACCGAACAUCGCCUCGCUACUCCACUACCACCACUACCGCCCUGCGCUCCGUGCUAUUCGACCGAACUGUCCCUAUUCGUGAACAUCGGAGACGACCGAAGUCUGUACUGAAGAGCACUACGACCACAUUGAAGCCGCCAGGAUGGCGCAAACGGUGGGCUACGACUACAUUUCCAAAAUCGUCAGUCUCGGAGAUAGCGGUAGCGGGAAGAGCAGUCUGACGAUCCGCCUCUGCGAAGGACGCUUCGUCAGUCACCACGACGUGACCAUCGGCGUAGAGUUUGGCUCGCGCAUAGUGCCUGUCGGUCCUCCCGCGAGUCUCGAGUACAACAUCAAUAACCCCGCAUCUGCGCCCAAACCCGCGACGACACCAGCCAACAAUGCCAAGUCAAAAGCGAAACCUCAAGAGCCAGUGCAGAAACACAUGAAGCUCUCAUUAUGGGAUACCGCAGGGCAGGAGACGUAUAAGUCCAUCACGAGGUCGUACUUCCGUGGAGCUUCUGGUGCUCUUCUCGUGUUUGACAUCACGCGAAGGGGCACGUUCGCCUCGGUCACAUCUUGGCUGCAUGACCUACGGCAGAUAGCAGAGGACGACAUCAUCGUCGUGCUGGUAGGGAACAAGAGCGAUCUCGCUGCUUCUUCGACAGUCUCAGGCGACAGCUCGGCGCCGAACAAGCGGCAAGUCACGAAAGAAGAAGCGGAAGAGUGGUGUCGAGAGAACAAAGUUAUGCAGUAUGUGGAAACAUCAGCGAAGAGUGGAGAGAAUGUCGAGAGGGCAUUCCUCGAGGUCGCGGAGCGGAUAUAUCAGAACAUUGAAGCUGGCAAAUAUGAUUUGAACGAUCGAAGAAGUGGCGUGAAGGGACCUGGCGCCGGAGGAGGCAAUGCUGGAAGAGGGGUGCAGUUGGCUAGGACGGACAAGAAUGCGGCCAAAAAGGCUGGUAUUGCGGGUGGUUGCUGCUAAUGUACAGUGAACAGAAUGUAAUGGAGUUGCUCGGAG